GCUGCCAUGCAAACCCACUUCCUCCUCCUAAACCUUAUGAAUUCUUCAUGAACCCUCAGGAAGUGACUUCAUAAGCCAUGCAGCCUGAAUCAAAAUAACCAAUCACACCUGUGAAGAGAAAAUCAUGUUCCGUUCUGCAUGACAGAUGUUUUACUCCGGUCUUUGAGAGGGCUGAUCUUAUUUGUGUGCAUGUAUGCCAUUCAUCUGCAGAGUCAUUGGAGAAGUUGCUGCAUUCAAUUCAUUGUGCACGAUUUAACACGGUUUCUCUUGUUCAUACUUCAGCACCGGGAUAUUUUGGGUCAUAUGUUGGCAGAAGGAAGCCCCUCCUGAGGGUGUAACCUGAAGCCGCUGUUGUAUCACUGAGUUGCGGCAGCAGUCCUCUGUUUUCUCGCGCGCUCUCCGUGGUGUUUUCAUCUCGCCUUAAAAUGUCGCAAUGCUUGCGGAUAAGAAUAUGAAUGGCUAUCUUGGAAGUAUUGGAUUCAUGAUUGCUCAAGCUUCCUGGUUCGCGUGCAAAACAGCUGUUUGACGCCGUCUGCGGAGCGCGAGCUCUCAGGACGCGACGCGAAGGGGUUUGUUUCGCAAGCAGCUCCUUUUUUGGACGCGUCUUCCGCCCGAAGUCUCUCCGUGGCUGACCGUGCGUGGAGCGCAUCAUGUGGCGGGCGCGGUGCCAGGACAGCGUGGUCGAUCCCGAACGCGAGCGGCUCUGAGCCGAGCUCUUCGCGCAGCUGGAUCUGAACCAGGACGGACGGAUCGAUGUGAACGAGCUGCGCAUCGGACUCGCCGCGCGGGGGAUGUCGUGGAGCUCGGUGGAGGAGCAGAUUGUACGAGCUGGAGAUGCUAAUCACGACGGCCAGCUGGAUUUUGAAGAGUUCGUCGAGUAUCUGCGUUCACAUGAGAAACGCCUCAGACUCAUGUUUCGCAGCUUGGACCGAAACAAUGACGGUGAACUGGACGUCGCGGAGAUCCAGCAAUCGUUACACAAUCUCGGUGUGGACGUCACGCUGGAGCAGGCCGCCAAAAUCCUGCAAAGUAUGGAUAAAGACCAUUCCAUGACCAUCGACUGGUUCGAGUGGCGAGAUCACUUCCUGUUUAACCCUCUGCACAACAUGGAAGAAAUCGCUCAGUACUGGAAACACUCGGUGAUGUUGGACAUCGGAGAGCAUCUGACAGUCCCAGACGAGUUCUCGGAGAAGGAGAAGCAGUCAGGGUUCGUGUGGCGGCAACUGAUGGCAGGAGCCGUGGCGGGAUCGGUGUCCAGGACAGGAACCGCGCCGCUCGACAGACUCAAGGUCUUUCUGCAGGUGCAUGGCCAGAAGUCUGAUAAGGGGAACGUGUGGCGCGGUCUGCGUGCGAUGGUGAAGGAGGGCGGCCUCACUGCGCUGUGGAGGGGGAACGGCAUCAACGUGUUGAAGAUCGCACCGGAGACAGCCAUCAAAUUCCUGGCCUAUGAACAGAUUAAACGCUUGAUGAGAGGCAGUAAAGAGGGAGGAACUCUGAAAGUUCAGGAGAGAUUCGUCGCCGGAUCACUGGCUGGAGCUAUGGCUCAAACGGUCAUAUACCCUAUAGAGUACAAUUGA